UGACUGAGUUUAGCGCUGUUUGGUGACAGUUUCCUGUCCAGUUUUCCAUCUCCCUUGCCAGACCCCCCAAAGUCAGAGUGUGUCAUCAAAUUGAGCGAGAACUAUGAUUGAAACUCAUUGCCACAGUGUGUAACGGUGUGUGUUUACGUCAUAGGGCUUAGAGCCGCAGAUAAGAUUUACCACAGAUAAGAUUUACAGAUGGAGAGAGGGAAGGAGGGAGGGACAGAGUGGUGUUACACUGCCAUCUCACUCACUUGCUCUCACUCAGGGACUCAGAUAGGCUGGUAUACUGAUUUUCUCUACACUUACUCAGAGAAGCAACAGGGUCAUGAUGACCCAAAGCCUCCAGAAUGGCUUCACUCUGGACAACCACUACCUCCAGGAUCUGAAGGGGCCUGUCCCUGUGCCCACUCAAUAUGCUCCGAGCCUGGGUGUACACCGGGGGUCAUGCCCUGUGGAGCCCCAUAAGGGCCAAGAGAUCCAGAGGCAUCGGUCUGCUCAGGCUGCUCCUCUCCUGGGUUCAUGUCGUGUGCAAACCCCUGCUCCUAUGGAAGUCCAGAUGUGUCAGUCUAUACAGCCAUGCCAUGCAGAUCACCAAGGAGACCUGAGUGCUGGGCAGCUACUCAAAUGGAUGGACACAAUCGCCUGCCUCGCUGCUGAGCGUCAUGCUGGGAUGGCAUGUGUGACACUAUCCAUGGACGAUAUCCAGUUUGAGGAGACUGGAAGGGUUGGUCAGGUGAUCACCAUCAAGUCUAAAGUCAACAGAGCGUUCACCACUAGCAUGGAGGUUGGAAUCCGUGUGUCAGUGCAGGAUGUGAGGGAACAUGUGGAGAGGUUGGUAUGUGUGGCCUACUCCACCUUUGUUGGAAAGCCAGCGGGACCACAGAAGGUGUUGUUGCGGCCAGUGGAGGAUCUGUGUUCUGCAGAGGAGGAGCUGCAGCAUUCUCUGGCCUCAGAGAGACGAAGACUUCGCCUUUACAAUGAACAGACCUUUAGUACCCUGCUACAAGACUACCACACACUAGCCAACGGUAACUAUUCCUCUCCAGGUGUGUGUAGCAGGAGAGACCCGCUGUCUGCUGUGUCCACAGAGUUCACGCGUGUAGAGAGCAUCGAGCUGGUACUGCCUCCACAUGCUAAUCACCAUGGCAACACCUUCGGAGGACAGAUCAUGGCCUGGAUGGAGAACGCAGCCACAGUGGCAGCCAGUCGUUUGUGUGGCUGCUUCCCCUCUCUGAGGUCUGUAGACAUGUUCCGCUUCAGAGGUCCAUCCUCUGUAGGAGACAGACUGGUCUUUAAGGCUGUGGUCAACAACACAUUUAACAACAGUAUCGAGGUAGGUGUCCGAGUGGAGGCCUAUAACUGUGAGGAGUGGAGCGCGAACAAACCGCGUCACAUCAACAGUGCCUUCCUCAUCUACCAGCUGGCUAACACACCUGGUGACGUACCUGCCUUCCCCCAAGUCACAUACACCACCCAGGACGGGGAGAGGAGAUACCUGUCUGCCAUUGUCAGAAAGAGAAUUCGCAUGGCUAGAAAGCACAUCCUGUCCUGUAAGGAGGAGGCUCCUCUCUCUGUCCCCUGGGAUAAAAGCAAUCAGGUGUAUCUGGGCUAUAACAACGUAGCAGCUCUGACUGUACUGGCUGGGAAACAAGACUGGGAAGCCAGCAGCAUCAGUGACAGAGUCGCUGUGUAUGUCCAUGAGGAGGUGGAGCUGCUUUGUGUCCAAGUUCAGAUGGAGGUCAUGACCUCUGCCCUCCAUGCCUUCACCUUACUGGCUGACCUCACGCUGCGACCUCUUUGGGACAAACACUACCUGAGCUGUGAGGAGGUGGAGAGGGCGGAUGAGGAAGAGACAGUAUAUCACAUUAAAUGCCCCCCCAUCAAUGGAGGCAAGAGCCGCGACUUUGUGUUCCUGCUAUCAAAGAGGCAGCCCUGCAAAGACGGUGACCCCUAUGUGGUGGCCCUGAGGUCUGUAACUGUGACAACAGUUCCCCCUGUGGAGGGUUUCCUCCGUAGCGAGGCCAAGUGUGCCGGUUUCCUCAUCCACAGCCUGGGACUCAACAGUUGCAAGGUGUGUUACUACAACCAGGUGACGUCAGGUGUUUUGCCGUAUGUAGCAGGUAACCUGGCAGGAUGGUCCAAGUCUAUGGAGGAAACGGCUAGCGCAUGUACCACCUUCCUGGAGAGAGACCUCAUCACUAGCCUCUUCUGAUUCACACACUAAGCAUGAGUCUAUGAUGGUGAACUGACACAGCAGCACAGAUUCUAACAAUAUAGAAAUGUCCAUGGCUGCUAAUUACAGGUGUUACAUUUACAGUUACCCAAAAUGUAUUUGUGACGUUUAUGUAACAAUUCAGAGCAAAUUUAGCUCAUGUAUGUGGUGUAGGUCUUAUGUCAUGAAUUCUUCUAUAAAUAUUUCAGAUGUUGAUACGAGUAAUGUACAGUAACAUAAUGAUACUCAUAAUGAUAAAACCUAUUCUGU